AAAGAGAGAUAUUUAUAACCGACUUUUCACUUUGGCUGCACUGAUAAAACAGACAAGUACUAUGACGCGUUAUUUAUUGUUUAUAUCGUACAUAGGUACACGGUUUAGGGGUGCACAGAAGCAGGUAGUAAAUGCAGAACUAACAAAAUCAGAUCCUGAAACAGUUCAGGGAAUUCUUGAAAUUUGCUCAAAGAGUUUUAAACCAGUAAAUGAACCACAUGUUUAUAUAUCAAGCAGAACAGAUCGCGGAGUCCAUGCACUGUGUUCAUCUGCUCACGUAGACUUGGAACGUAACGGUUGUUUGAAAUAUGAUCCAGCACAUUUAACUGUUGCUUAUAAUCGGUAUUUCAUUAAUGCAAACGUUGACCUUAGAGUUCAGAGUGUGCAUAUUGUGCCCGAGACAUUUCACGCUCGUUACAGUGUUAAAUCUCGAACAUACUUGUAUCGUCUGGCUGUGAGGAAUCCAGAUGCUCCACCUCUCAACAAAAGUAGUGCUUACAUGGCAGAAAUUCCAUUUGUUGAAUGGAACAGAUGCCAUUUCAUUCAGAAUGUGGAUAAAUUUGAUAUGUCACUAUUGAAGGCUGCAGCUACUCUCUUCCCUGGCACAAGGGAUUUCCGUACAUUUAUGGGACAGAGUGCCGGGAAUUCUCACAUAACCACCGUUAAGGAAAUGUACAAAUUGGACAUCAGUCCUGGCCGACCUUUGAUAGGAGCUGAAUACUGUUCGUGCUGCUCACAUUAUAGUUUCUGGGACAUCACAUGCCAAGGCAGAUCAUUCCUUUAUAGACAAGUAAGGCGAAUGGUUGGAGCACUCAUUAGUGUUGCUGAGGGUCAUAUUUCUGUUGGAGAGAUCCAGUAUAUGUUGGAGAAUCCUUCAAAACACAGCUGGAAUAGCAGAAUAAAUGUUGUUCCACCAUAUGGUCUGUACUUGACUAAGGUGGAAUAUGAUCCCCUAGAAAUGGUGAUGCCACAAGAAAAAGUUGAACAAGAUGACAAUAAUAAUCCAAUAGAUUUUGCUGAAGUGUAAUGAACAUGUCUUCUUAACAUACUGAUCAGUGCAAAUUCAUCGUCCAGUCCCUAUCCAAAUUGUUUAAAGAAUUUUCAGUAAGUUAGUAGUGCUGGACUGAAAUGAAAAUUUGAUCAAUGUAAUAGUAUGUUAAGUGGAUGACUACAAGAACAAUUCUCAGACAUUAAAGUACUAGGAAUAAAAUUUACAUAAAUUGUUA